AUGAGUGCCGGUCAUGCUGUAGACGAGAUGGAUCACACAAAGAUGGGGGCGGCGGAUGAUGAGCUUGUGACGUUACUGUGUCAUCGUUACUAUCAAUCGCUGUAUUACACGCAGCUGCAAGAGUCUGUCCUUGUGGUCCUGAACCCGUAUCGGACAGCCGUGGAUGUGAACAGUACGGAAGUCUUGCACGAAUACCGACGCGAGUUUCGGAAUACACGGCUCACACAGAGCAGCUCGCCUUUGCCGCCACAUGUGUUCCGGCUUGCGAAUAAUGCGUAUUUCUACAUGCAGCGGACUGGUCAAGACCAGUGUGUAUUUUUUCUGGGGGAAACAGGCAGUGGAAAGAGCGAGACACGGCGUCUCGCUGCACAUGCUCUGGCUGGACUGGGCACGGCUCUCCCUGGCAAGCGAGGGGCACGUCUAGCCCUGCAGCUUCCUGCUGCGUUGUAUGCACUCGAGUGCAUGGGAAAUGUGGCGACGGACGAAAACGAGAAUGCAUCGAGUGUGUCGCUAUAUACGGAGCUGCAGUUCAGUCAGAAGGGGCGUCUCGUGGGAUUCAAGGUGCUGAAUUACUAUUUGGAGCUGACGCGUGCAGCCGUCCACUGGGACACGACGUCAGCGUUCCAGAUCUUUUCAAUGCUGGUGACGGGUGCGAGUCCUGAAGAAGCGCGCCGCUGGCGAAUGACGCAGGACACGUCGUUCCGCCUACUAGAGCACGCACACGAUGUGGCUGCGCUGCAUACGCCUAGCACCAGAAAAUAUGCACGGUGGCUCGAGUCGCUCACGCUGCUGGGCGUCACGGCCGAGCAGCGCGCAUCGAUGCUCGAUGUGCUUGCGGCGCUUCUACAUCUGAGCAACAUGGACUUUUCGGACGAGGACGGGCCAUUGUGCCCAGCUCGCGUGACGACGGAGGAACCGCUGUACAUAGCAGCUGCGCUCCUGGGAAUUGGCGCAUCUGCCCUCGCGAAUGCCGUGACGCAUCACACAUCCGUGGUGAAUGGGCAGCUGUGCACGGCGAUGCUCAACAGGGAGCGGGCCGGCCGCAGCCGAGACCGGCUGAUGCGUAUGCUGUAUGCGCAGCCUGUUCGCAUGGCUCAACGAGCACAUCAACAUGUGUUUCUCGCACGAGCAGUUUGA